AUGUCGGACGAUGACGACUUCAUGCAAGACUCCGGCGAGGAGGAGUAUGACUUCGAAUACGAGGAUGACGACGACGAGGAGAGUGGCGACGUCGACAUUGAAAACAAGUACUACAAUGCAAAGCAGCUCAAGGCCGACGACCCCGAGGCGGCUAUAGAUGAAUUUCUGGGCAUGCCUGCACUGGAGCAGGAAAAGUCGGAAUGGGGCUUCAAAGGGCUGAAACAGGCCAUCAAGCUCGAGUUCAAGCUGGCGCGCUAUGACAAGGCAGUCGAGCACUACAAGGAGCUUCUCACCUAUGUCAAGUCUGCCGUGACACGCAACUACUCGGAGAAGUCAAUAAACAACAUGCUUGACUUUAUAGAGAAAGCCGCAGAAGACGCCGACGCAUAUCGCUGCAUGGAGAACUUCUACGCCCUCACCUUAGACAUCUUCCAGAGUACCAACAACGAGCGGUUGUGGCUCAAGACCAAUAUCAAGCUCGCUCGGCUAUGGUUGGACAGGAAGGACUAUCGUCAGCUUACCGAGAAGCUCCGCGAGCUACACAAGGCCUGCCAACGGGAAGACGGCACAGACGACCCAAGCAAGGGCACAUACUCAUUGGAGGUCUACUCGCUCGAGAUUUUGAUGUAUGCUGAGACUAGGAACAACAAGCGACUAAAGGCUCUCUACCAGCGAGCACUCAAGGUCAAGUCAGCAGUUCCACAUCCCAAGAUUAUGGGCAUCAUCCGCGAAUGCGCAGAGAACUGGAAGGGGGCACAGAGUGAUUUCUUCGAGAGUUUCAAGAAUUAUGACGAGGCUGGCUCGCUUCAACGCAUUCAGGUCCUGAAGUACCUGGUUCUUGCUACGAUGCUCUCGGGUUCGGAUAUCAAUCCGUUUGACUCGCAGGAGACCAAGCCGUAUCAGAACGAUCCACGCAUCUCCACCAUGACUGACCUGGUCAAUGCUUAUCAGCUGGAGGACAUUCAUGGAUACGAGAAGAUUCUGCAAAACAACCGCGACUUGCUCCAGGAUCCCUUUAUUGCCGAGAACAUUGACGAAGUGACGCGCAAUGUGCGUACCAAGGCGAUAGUGAAGCUGGUUGCGCCCUACACGCGGUUUACGCUAGCUUUUAUCUCGAAACAGCUCAAGAUUUCACUGUCUGAAGUGCAGGAGAUUGUGGGGUUCCUGAUUGUUGACAAGCGGUUACGGGGCAAGAUCAACCAGCAGAACGGAACCGUGGAGAUUGAGAGUAGCACAGACAUGGAUCGGGUGCAGGCGAUCAAGGAAUGGAGCAGCGCCAUUGGAGUGCUAUGGCAGACGGUGCUAAACGAGGGCGAGGGCUUCAAGUCUGACGAGAGUGGGUCUCAGUUCACUCCUGGCGGGGCUCCAGGUAUGGGGUGGAACCAGAGCUCCAUGGGAGCCAAGUCAGGGCGACCAAAGGGCAAGGGCCCAGGACGCCAGGCGGGUAUGGUGAGCAAAGGAUGA